CAAAGGAUUACUGCUUGUACAAUUACUCUCAUCGUUACACCCACAGUCAUUGCUUUUAUUUAAGUUCAUUCUAUUUAAAUGAAUCUUCAGGGAAGCACAAAUUACAUUUAAUUACAACCGCGUUGGAUUAACAAAUAACAAAAAGACACAAUACAUUUAAUUGUAUCUUCAAUGAUUCAUGGAUUAUAUAGAAUGAAUGAACUUAAAUCAAUGAAACUGAUGAUACUGGCUAUCACUGGAAUAAUAAUCUGUUGCCUAUUGACAAAAGUACAAACAUAUCCUAUUGAACAAGGAAUUAACAAUCUUCCUAUUGAAUCACUAACAGACAGAAGCGAUAAUCAACUGAGUCAAUCAAAAUACACAGAUGUGCACCUCGUUGAUAAUCAUGAAAUUGAUGGAGACGCAGUAAAAGAAGACGGAAUUAAUUCAGCACUAUACGAAGAACAGGAGAAAAACGCGCAAGUAAAUGUUAGACACCAAACAAAAUUGAAAAAAGUUAGAGAAGCACAACAAGAAAAUCCACAAACGAGAGAGUUAGACGAGCAACAUUCUGAAAAUAUAGACAGGAAUGCAGAAAAGCAGCCACUUAUAGAAACCAAUGAGAAUCAAAUAACGAUAACCAAGAUAAAUGACGAGAACAAGAAUACACUGGAUAAUGGAUAUGAACUACUAACACAGGAACAAUCCACGCCACCAUACUCAGAAUCGACUGACGUGUCUAUGAGUUUGGAUGUGAGUGGAGGAGAGACACCUGUGUCAGAGGAAGUAUCUGUGCCUGCUCCAUCGGAAUCGGCUGACGUGUCUGUGAGUUUGGAUGUGAGUGGAGGAGAGACACCUGUGUCAGAGGAAGUAUCUGUGCCUGCUCCAUCGGAAUCGGCUGACGUGUCUGUGAGUUUGGAUGUGAGUGGAGGAGAGACACCUGUGUCAGAGGAAGUAUCUGUGCCUGCUCCAUCGGAAUCGGCUGACGUGUCUGUGAGUUUGGAUGUGAGUGGAGGAGAGACACCUGUGUCAGAGGAAGUAUCUGUGCCUGCUCCAUCGGAAUCGGCUGACGUGUCUGUGAGUUUGGAUGUGAGUGGAGGAGAGACACCUGUGUCAGAGGAAGUAUCUGUGCCUGCUCCAUCGGAAUCGGCUGACGUGUCUGUGAGUUUGGAUGUGAGUGGAGGAGAGACACCUGUGUCAGAGGAAGUAUCUGUGCCUGCUCCAUCGGAAUCGGCUGACGUGUCUGUGAGUUUGGAUGUGAGUGGAGGAGAGACACCUGUGUCAGAGGAAGUAUCUGUGCCUGCUCCAUCGGAAUCGGCUGACGUGUCUGUGAGUUUGGAUGUGAGUGGAGGAGAGACACCUGUGUCAGAGGAAGUAUCUGUGCCUGCUCCAUCGGAAUCGGCUGACGUGUCUGUGAGUUUGGAUGUGAGUGGAGGAGAGACACCUGUGUCAGAGGAAGUAUCUGUGCCUGCUCCAUCGGAAUCGGCUGACGUGUCUGUGAGUUUGGAUGUGAGUGGAGGAGAGACACCUGUGUCAGAGGAAGUAUCUGUGCCUGCUCCAUCGGAAUCGGCUGACGUGUCUGUGAGUUUGGAUGUGAGUGGAGGAGAGACACCUGUGUCAGAGGAAGUAUCUGUGCCUGCUCCAUCGGAAUCGGCUGACGUGUCUGUGAGUUUGGAUGUGAGUGGAGGAGAGACACCUGUGUCAGAGGAAGUAUCUGUGCCUGCUCCAUCGGAAUCGGCUGACGUGUCUGUGAGUUUGGAUGUGAGUGGAGGAGAGACACCUGUGUCAGAGGAAGUAUCUGUGCCUGCUCCAUCGGAAUCGGCUGACGUGUCUGUGAGUUUGGAUGUGAGUGGAGGAGAGACACCUGUGUCAGAGGAAGUAUCUGUGCCUGCUCCAUCGGAAUCGGCUGACGUGUCUGUGAGUUUGGAUGUGAGUGGAGGAGAGACACCUGUGUCAGAGGAAGUAUCUGUGCCUGCUCCAUCGGAAUCGGCUGACGUGUCUGUGAGUUUGGAUGUGAGUGGAGGAGAGACACCUGUGUCAGAGGAAGUAUCUGUGCCUGCUCCAUCGGAAUCGGCUGACGUGCCUGUGAGUUUGGAUGUGAGUGGAGGAGAGACACCUGUGUCAGAGGAAGUAUCUGUGCCUGCUCCAUCGGAAUCGGCUGACGUGUCUGUGAGUUUGGAUGUGAGUGGAGGAGAGACACCUGUGUCAGAGGAAGUAUCUGUGCCUGCUCCAUCGGAAUCGGCUGACGUGUCUGUGAGUUUGGAUGUGAGUGGAGGAGAGACACCUGUGUCAGAGGAAGUAUCUGUGCCUGCUCCAUCGGAAUCGGCUGACGUGUCUGUGAGUUUGGAUGUGAGUGGAGGAGAGACACCUGUGUCAGAGGAAGUAUCUGUGCCUGCUCCAUCGGAAUCGGCUGACGUGUCUGUGAGUUUGGAUGUGAGUGGAGGAGAGACACCUGUGUCAGAGGAAGUAUCUGUGCCUGCUCCAUCGGAAUCGGCUGACGUGUCUGUGAGUUUGGAUGUGAGUGGAGGAGAGACACCUGUGUCAGAGGAAGUAUCUGUGCCUGCUCCAUCGGAAUCGGCUGACGUGUCUGUGAGUUUGGAUGUGAGUGGAGGAGAGACACCUGUGUCAGAGGAAGUAUCUGUGCCUGCUCCAUCGGAAUCGGCUGACGUGUCUGUGAGUUUGGAUGUGAGUGGAGGAGAGACACCUGUGUCAGAGGAAGUAUCUGUGCCUGCUCCAUCGGAAUCGGCUGACGUGUCUGUGAGUUUGGAUGUGAGUGGAGGAGAGACACCUGUGUCAGAGGAAGUAUCUGUGCCUGCUCCAUCGGAAUCGGCUGACGUGUCUGUGAGUUUGGAUGUGAGUGGAGGAGAGACACCUGUGUCAGAGGAAGUAUCUGUGCCUGCUCCAUCGGAAUCGGCUGACGUGUCUGUGAGUUUGGAUGUGAGUGGAGGAGAGACACCUGUGUCAGAGGAAGUAUCUGUGCCUGCUCCAUCGGAAUCGGCUGACGUGUCUGUGAGUUUGGAUGUGAGUGGAGGAGAGACACCUGUGUCAGAGGAAGUAUCUGUGCCUGCUCCAUCGGAAUCGGCUGACGUGUCUGUGAGUUUGGAUGUGAGUGGAGGAGAGACACCUGUGUCAGAGGAAGUAUCUGUGCCUGCUCCAUCGGAAUCGGCUGACGUGUCUGUGAGUUUGGAUGUGAGUGGAGGAGAGACACCUGUGUCAGAGGAAGUAUCUGUGCCUGCUCCAUCGGAAUCGGCUGACGUGUCUGUGAGUUUGGAUGUGAGUGGAGGAGAGACACCUGUGUCAGAGGAAGUAUCUGUGCCUGCUCCAUCGGAAUCGGCUGACGUGUCUGUGAGUUUGGAUGUGAGUGGAGGAGAGACACCUGUGUCAGAGGAAGUAUCUGUGCCUGCUCCAUCGGAAUCGGCUGACGUGUCUGUGAGUUUGGAUGUGAGUGGAGGAGAGACACCUGUGUCAGAGGAAGUAUCUGUGCCUGCUCCAUCGGAAUCGGCUGACGUGUCUGUGAGUUUGGAUGUGAGUGGAGGAGAGACACCUGUGUCAGAGGAAGUAUCUGUGCCUGCUCCAUCGGAAUCGGCUGACGUGUCUGUGAGUUUGGAUGUGAGUGGAGGAGAGACACCUGUGUCAGAGGAAGUAUCUGUGCCUGCUCCAUCGGAAUCGGCUGACGUGUCUGUGAGUUUGGAUGUGAGUGGAGGAGAGACACCUGUGUCAGAGGAAGUAUCUGUGCCUGCUCCAUCGGAAUCGGCUGACGUGUCUGUGAGUUUGGAUGUGAGUGGAGGAGAGACACCUGUGUCAGAGGAAGUAUCUGUGCCUGCUCCAUCGGAAUCGGCUGACGUGUCUGUGAGUUUGGAUGUGAGUGGAGGAGAGACACCUGUGUCAGAGGAAGUAUCUGUGCCUGCUCCAUCGGAAUCGGCUGACGUGUCUGUGAGUUUGGAUGUGAGUGGAGGAGAGACACCUGUGUCAGAGGAAGUAUCUGUGCCUGCUCCAUCGGAAUCGGCUGACGUGUCUGUGAGUUUGGAUGUGAGUGGAGGAGAGACACCUGUGUCAGAGGAAGUAUCUGUGCCUGCUCCAUCGGAAUCGGCUGACGUGUCUGUGAGUUUGGAUGUGAGUGGAGGAGAGACACCUGUGUCAGAGGAAGUAUCUGUGCCUGCUCCAUCGGAAUCGGCUGACGUGUCUGUGAGUUUGGAUGUGAGUGGAGGAGAGACACCUGUGUCAGAGGAAGUAUCUGUGCCUGCUCCAUCGGAAUCGGCUGACGUGUCUGUGAGUUUGGAUGUGAGUGGAGGAGAGACACCUGUGUCAGAGGAAGUAUCUGUGCCUGCUCCAUCGGAAUCGGCUGACGUGUCUGUGAGUUUGGAUGUGAGUGGAGGAGAGACACCUGUGUCAGAGGAAGUAUCUGUGCCUGCUCCAUCGGAAUCGGCUGACGUGUCUGUGAGUUUGGAUGUGAGUGGAGGAGAGACACCUGUGUCAGAGGAAGUAUCUGUGCCUGCUCCAUCGGAAUCGGCUGACGUGUCUGUGAGUUUGGAUGUGAGUGGAGGAGAGACACCUGUGUCAGAGGAAGUAUCUGUGCCUGCUCCAUCGGAAUCGGCUGACGUGUCUGUGAGUUUGGAUGUGAGUGGAGGAGAGACACCUGUGUCAGAGGAAGUAUCUGUGCCUGCUCCAUCGGAAUCGGCUGACGUGUCUGUGAGUUUGGAUGUGAGUGGAGGAGAGACACCUGUGUCAGAGGAAGUAUCUGUGCCUGCUCCAUCGGAAUCGGCUGACGUGUCUGUGAGUUUGGAUGUGAGUGGAGGAGAGACACCUGUGUCAGAGGAAGUAUCUGUGCCUGCUCCAUCGGAAUCGGCUGACGUGUCUGUGAGUUUGGAUGUGAGUGGAGGAGAGACACCUGUGUCAGAGGAAGUAUCUGUGCCUGCUCCAUCGGAAUCGGCUGACGUGUCUGUGAGUUUGGAUGUGAGUGGAGGAGAGACACCUGUGUCAGAGGAAGUAUCUGUGCCUGCUCCAUCGGAAUCGGCUGACGUGUCUGUGAGUUUGGAUGUGAGUGGAGGAGAGACACCUGUGUCAGAGGAAGUAUCUGUGCCUGCUCCAUCGGAAUCGGCUGACGUGUCUGUGAGUUUGGAUGUGAGUGGAGGAGAGACACCUGUGUCAGAGGAAGUAUCUGUGCCUGCUCCAUCGGAAUCGGCUGACGUGUCUGUGAGUUUGGAUGUGAGUGGAGGAGAGACACCUGUGUCAGAGGAAGUAUCUGUGCCUGCUCCAUCGGAAUCGGCUGACGUGUCUGUGAGUUUGGAUGUGAGUGGAGGAGAGACACCUGUGUCAGAGGAAGUAUCUGUGCCUGCUCCAUCGGAAUCGGCUGACGUGUCUGUGAGUUUGGAUGUGAGUGGAGGAGAGACACCUGUGUCAGAGGAAGUAUCUGUGCCUGCUCCAUCGGAAUCGGCUGACGUGUCUGUGAGUUUGGAUGUGAGUGGAGGAGAGACACCUGUGUCAGAGGAAGUAUCUGUGCCUGCUCCAUCGGAAUCGGCUGACGUGUCUGUGAGUUUGGAUGUGAGUGGAGGAGAGACACCUGUGUCAGAGGAAGUAUCUGUGCCUGCUCCAUCGGAAUCGGCUGACGUGUCUGUGAGUUUGGAUGUGAGUGGAGGAGAGACACCUGUGUCAGAGGAAGUAUCUGUGCCUGCUCCAUCGGAAUCGGCUGACGUGUCUGUGAGUUUGGAUGUGAGUGGAGGAGAGACACCUGUGUCAGAGGAAGUAUCUGUGCCUGCUCCAUCGGAAUCGGCUGACGUGUCUGUGAGUUUGGAUGUGAGUGGAGGAGAGACACCUGUGUCAGAGGAAGUAUCUGUGCCUGCUCCAUCGGAAUCGGCUGACGUGUCUGUGAGUUUGGAUGUGAGUGGAGGAGAGACACCUGUGUCAGAGGAAGUAUCUGUGCCUGCUCCAUCGGAAUCGGCUGACGUGUCUGUGAGUUUGGAUGUGAGUGGAGGAGAGACACCUGUGUCAGAGGAAGUAUCUGUGCCUGCUCCAUCGGAAUCGGCUGACGUGUCUGUGAGUUUGGAUGUGAGUGGAGGAGAGACACCUGUGUCAGAGGAAGUAUCUGUGCCCGCUCCAUCGGAAUCGGCUGACGUGUCUGUGAGUUUGAAUGUGAGUGGAGGAGAGACACCUGUGUCAGAGGAAGUAUCUGUGCCUGCUCCAUCGGAAUCGGCUGACGUGUCUGUGAGUUUGGAUGUGAGUGGAGGAGAGACACCUGUGUCAGAGGAAGUAUCUGUGCCUGCUCCAUCGGAAUCGGCUGACGUGUCUGUGAGUUUGGAUGUGAGUGGAGGAGAGACACCUGUGUCAGAGGAAGUAUCUGUGCCUGCUCCAUCGGAAUCGGCUGACGUGUCUGUGAGUUUGGAUGUGAGUGGAGGAGAGACACCUGUGUCAGAGGAAGUUUCUUCGGCCUCUUCGUCUCCUUCUUGGGAUGAUACUUCUUUUGAAUAUACGGAUUCUGUCGCGUAUGUAUCUUCUUCGGUCAUUCGUUCUGAGGCAUCUUCCUCUCAGUUGGCUUUAUCUGAUAUAACUGUUCCUGUCUUCGACGAUGUUUCUUCUUCUCCCUCAAUUUUCGUUACUCCCGCUGGUGAUUUUUCUCUUUCGUCUUCUGCUUUUCCGUCAACUGUUUCGCAGUCAGUUUACUCAAGUGAGUUCCAGUCGUCUGCAUCUGUUUCCUCGAUGGGCGCUUUUCCUAUUGUGACUGCUGCUGAUGUUACUGAUCCUUCAACCGAUGUACAUCUUGCCUCCACCACUUCGUCUCCGUCGUCAAUAUAUCCUGAUGGCAUUAAUAAUAUGAAGUCAACUCAAGAUCCGUUGUCUGGUAUCCUUAAAAUUGUAGAUGAUGAAGAUUUUCAGUACAGUGAUAGUUUGCAUGUUAAUAAAAUUUCUACUGCCCCACCGGUCACUACAACUUCCAGCUAUAAUGUGAAAAACAAUAUUCGUAUGAAUAUUGUAAAUGUAGCUCAAAGCAAUAAACUUGAAUUUAAACAAGGCUUUACAAUGGGUUUUAUUUUGUUGUGUAUCCUAAUGAUCAUGUUAAUCUUAUCAGUGAUCCUGUUUCUCGUCUGGAUGCGUCAUCGACGUAGUAAAUACUCUGGAACUAUUACUUUAACACACAUUGAAGAAAAUGAUAAUGAUACGUCGACUUCAAGGUUAUCAAGACAUAAAUAUAAAACGAAAAGAAUCAAACAUGAAGCGUUUGCAACAGAAGAACAACUUGUCAACGAAGAAGACCAGAAUUCAACAUCUAGGCUGAAAGUAACACCAGCAUUACAAAAACGUCUUGAACUGCGUAGGAAACAACACGAAAGAGCUAAGUUGUUAGCUCAAGAAGCUCUACUAUCUACUGGUGAUAAUAAACCGUGUGAUUGUGGGUUCAAUUUACGAUCCGCGAGUCCUGAACAUUUAUGCUUAACAGCGAAUCCAGACAAGGAUGUUGUAUUAGUCGGCGCAUGGCGUAGACAAAGUGCUGAUAGCAGUGAUAAUGCUGGACAUUUGAAUCAUGAUGAACAACACGUUGCUGUAUAUGAUAAUGAUAGAGCAGAACGAUGCAUAAACUCUCCUUCAGUGGUCAAUGCUAAUUCAAUCGGUAACAAUGAAAUAACACAAGAUUAUUCUGAUAAAACAAUGAGGAAGCCUAGUAUAAAUUCAAAAGCAUGGAAGUAUAUAGACGAAAAUUAGUAUUACUGUAAGCUUUGAAGUAAAUUUUGCCUUCUUUCAACUAAUAAUCGCGUCAUUUUCUUAAUUGUUGAUCAUUGUUUAGUGUUAGGUAAGCCUAUUGCCUAGAUAGAUAUAACACUGUCUACUGCAAUUAAUGUUGUUUUCUGCGAAUAUACAAACAUAUGAGUUUUGAAAUUUAAGCAUUUGUAAACAGCUAAUACUUUUAUCACUCUUAUUUACUUAAGUUUGAUAAAAGUCACAUUUUCUGUUGCCUAUCGUUGAUAGUAACAUAGUAGUUUUCGUUAUUUUGCUUUUCAUGGACGAGAACGAAGUCUGAUCAAAUUUAAUUUUGCUGCCAGAUUCUUUAGUUGUUAUCGUAUGUACCUUUUUAAACAGAACAACAAUAACAAAAAAACACAACAACUAUUGAAUUGAAACUACUUCUGUUGUAUUCUAGUUAGUUCUUCACUUGCAUCAUUCAAUUUUCCAAUAUUUCAAACUUUCAAACUAGUGCCA